AUGGAUGCGGCGGAGGCCUUCAAGGACUUCGAAAGCCGCCAGGAAGGUGCCUUGGAGCGGCAAGCGGAAAGCGGGCUCCUGAAGUGCCGAUCGGGCUGGGUCUCCGAGUGGUUCGUGAUCUCGCCAGAAUACCUGGUGGGCUUUUCUUCGCGCACCAGCUCCCACGUUUCACUUUGCAUAUGCCUCACUGCCAUCACGGCGGUUGAAGAGGAGGACAAGGUCAGGGACUUGCGUGUAGAGUUUAUUUGGGAGGCGGGUCUGCGCGGCCGUCACGUGAUGGACCACGGGAUAGGAGCAGAAGAGGGCCAAGAUGUGACUUUCCAUCAGUUGUACGGGUAUCCCGUUUUGUGGCUGGAUGUUGUCAAGCUUGCCCUCCGGCUGCUCAAGUCGCGUUGCCGUGCUGGGGCGGGUGCUCUUCCGGCACUUGCACCGCUUGGAAGAGGGAUGCACGUCGCUUGGUCGGCGUGCCGUGUUUGCCUCGGCAUCACCAGCAUUGGGGUGAUGGCCCUGCUGAGCCGUAUCCUUGUUGGGCAGUAUGGCCCUGUCCUGAAGCACCGCAAGCGUUUGCCAAAGCUAGAUCUGGGAGGUCCCAUCAUCGGCCAGAGUCACAAAGUCCUGAAGUACGGCUGGAGUGGGGGUGGUAACAGCUGGCUGCGCCAGAUGCAGGCUAAGAACGGCCCAGCCUACGUCUUCAACCUCCUCUUUGUAAACCGGGUGGCCGUGGACUAUCCCUUGUACGAACAGUACAUGCAGGAGAUGGAGCGAUCGGGAAAGCUCCGCCCGCUUUUCUCCAAAUCCAUGGAGCGGCUCUUGGGCAAGAGCUCCAUGCUCACCCUACCUGGCGGCCGCGGAGGCAGCUUGCACGCCAAGCUGCGGCAGAAGGUGGCGCCAGCGCUGUCGCAGCAGCAGCUGCUGCUGCUUGUGCCACAGAUUCAGGGCUUGUGCCGGCAAGUGCUGGAGGAGAUGGCGGAGGAGAGUGCCAAAGAGGGGGCAACCUCGCUGGUGCCCCGCACGAACCGCCUCACUCAAAGCGUGGCCGCUGCCUCCCUGCUGGGCGCCUUGGCAGCCCCCAACCUGCCGUACCUUUCGCGGCUGAGCGACCUGCUGGAUGAGGUCAUCGCGGGCCUCUUCACGGUUCCCGUGGAGAAGUCUUUCGGCAAGCUCACCCCCUUCGGCCGCGCUGUGCAGGCGAAGCGCCAGGCCUCCGAGCUGAUCGAUGAGAUGAUGGACGAGGCCCGGCGCCGGCAAGCCGGCGCCGGCGCCGAGGAUUCCGAUCCUUCCCAGCAGGGCCCGGAGGCCCCUGGGGACGUCCUGGCGCGCCUGGCGCAAGACACCCAGGAGGGCGAAGCGCUGAGCCCUGCGGAGGUGCAAGACACGGUGCUGACCGUGGGCUUCGCCGGCAAGGUGACCGCGGCUGCCGCGUUGCCCGUGGCCGUGGCGGAGCUGGCCCGGCGGCCGCUUUGGCGCGAGGCGCUGGCGAAGGACGCGAAGGAUGCUCAACUUGGAGGAGGCUUCGAGAGCAUCGAGAAAGCGCGGCCCACCCUGCAGUUCAUCCGGGAAAGCAUGCGCCUGGCUCCCCCGGCUGCGGCCUUCUACCGGGCGUCCGAGGACUGGAUCGAGCUUGGCGAGCAUGGCGCCGUGCCGCCGGGCAUGCCCGUUGCCGUUUGCAUGGACUACCCGGGUGCCGGCCUGGAUGGCGAGGCCGCGGAGUUCAAGCCCGAGCGGUGGACGGAGGAGUUCGCACGGAAGCACUUCAUCUACUUUGGUGGCGCAACUCCGCACAGCUGCCCUGGCAAUAAGCUGGCCCUGCUGGAGAUGCAGAUCUUCCUGCAGAUGCUCUGCAGGGACUAUGACUUCGAGGUGCUGUCAGAGGACACCUACGUCGACAGGGCCUUCACCCAGGUCAAGUUUAAGGAUGGCUUGCCCAUGAGGGUGGCGCGCAAGGGGUGA